CUGAGGAGGAGGAGGAGGAGGAGGAGGACGACGACGAGGAGGAGGCGGUCGAGGCGGGAGUUUGUGGCGUGUCUCUGGGGCGCUCGUUGGCCGUGGCGGCUGUGCGGACGGAGCAGUGUUGGGAGAUUAACCGGGAUUGCCCCGAAAAACCGAGAAAACACCGAGGAGGCGGUCAGAAGGCUUUUCUAGAUGCGUGAAAAUUCUUUCAUGGAUAGUCUGUGACGGCAUGACCACGUGAUGCGAGAGGUUUCUUCUGAACUACGAUGGAUUCUAUAGGACGGGAUCAAAAGCACUGGCAGCAUAACUCAGUUUGAUUCUAAAGGGGUCCCGGACCUUUUGGACAGUCAUGACAACUUCCCAUAUGAAUGGACACGUCACAGAGGAUUCUGACGGUGAAGUCAAAAAUGCUGAUCUCGCCUCCCCGGAGGAACCUCCGAAACAUCGCGAGAUGGCCGUCGACUGUCCUGGAGAUUUGGGUUCCAGGAUGAUGCCAAUUCGGCGAAGCGCUCAACUCGAGCGCAUUCGACAGCAGCAGGAGGACAUGAGACGCCGGCGAGAGGAAGAGGGAAAGAAGCAAGAGCUGGACCUUAAUUCUUCCGUGAGGCUUAAGAAAUUAGCCCAGAUCCCUCCCAAAAUAGGAAUAGAUAACCCUAUAUUUGAUACGGAGGAAGGAGUUGUCUUGGAGAGCCCUCAUUGCGCUGUGAAAGUAUUAGAAGUGGAAGACUUAUUUUCUUCGCUUAAACAUAUCCAGCACACUCUGGUAGACUCGCAGAGCCAGGAGGACAUCUCUCUACUUUUACAACUUGUCCAAAAUACCGACUUCCUGAAUGCGUUCAAGAUCCACAAUGCCGUCACCGUACACAUGAACAAAGCCAGUCCGCCAUUUCCUCUUCUCGCCAACGCCAAAGAGCUUGCACAAGAGGUACAAACUGUUCUGAAACCAAGCCAUCAAAAGGAAGGACAGGAACUAAAUUCUUUACUAAAUGCACCUCAUAUUCAGGCACUCUUGCUGGCCCAUGAUAAAGUUGCUGAACAGGAAAUGCAGCCAGAGUCCCUGACAGAUGAGAGGGUUUAUGAGAGCGUUGGCCAGUACGGAGGGGAGACCGUCAAAAUAGUCCGCAUAGAAAAGGCGCGGGACAUUCCGUUGGGUGCUACAGUCCGGAAUGAAAUGGACUCCGUCAUCAUAAGUCGAAUAGUGAAAGGGGGAGCUGCAGAAAAAAGUGGAUUGUUGCACGAAGGAGAUGAAGUUCUGGAGAUUAAUGGCAUUGAAAUCCGGGGGAAGGAUGUCAAUGAGGUGUUUGACCUGCUGGCCGACAUGCACGGCACACUGACAUUUGUACUGAUUCCCAGUCAACAUAACAAGCCCCCGCCUGCUAAGGAGACAGUGGUAAAUCAUGUGAAAGCUCAUUUUGACUACGAUCCCUCCGACGAUCCCUACGUCCCUCCAGAUUGGGGCUUUCUUUUCAGAAAAGGGACAUACUUCAUUCAUCAGCCAGAGGAUCAAUUGGUGCAGGCCUACAGAGAGCGAUGAAGACAAUAGCCUCUGGCAGGGCUCUUCCAGGGAAAAAAUUUUCAGCAACAAAGGGAAGCCAUGAAGCAAACCAUUGAAGAAACAAGGAGCCAGAAAAAUCAGGAAAAACUGUGGUGUGCAAAGAAGAAUAAAAGAAAAAAAAAAGUUUUGUAUAAUGCCAAUAAAAAUGAUGAUUACGACAACGAGGAAAUCUUGACGUACGAAGAGAUGUCACUGUAUCACCAGCCAGCUAAUAGAAAGCCCAUCAUUUUGAUCGGGCCCCAGAACUGUGGUCAGAAUGAGCUGCGGCAGAGGCUUAUGAAUAAUGAAACCGACCGGUUCGCGUCGGCAGUUCCCCACACAACCCGGACUAGAAGAGACAAUGAAGUGGCUGGCAGAGAUUACCACUUCGUCUCCCGGCAGGCCUUUGAGACUGAUAUAGCUGCUGAGUUCAUCGAACACGGCGAGUGAAAAAACUUGUAUGGUACCAGCAUAGAUUCGGUGCGGCAAGUCAUCAACUCCGGAAAGAUCUGCCUUUUAAAUCUUCAUACGCAGUCAUUGAAGAGCCUCCGGAAUUCGGAUCUGAAGCCAUACAUCAUCUUCAUUGCACCCCCUUCCCAAGAGCUCCGUGCACUUUUGGCCAAAGAGGGUAAAAACCAAAAACCAGAAGAAUUGAGAGAAAUCAUCGAGAAGACCAGAGAGAUGGAACAGAACAACGGCCACUACUUUGACACGGCAAUUGUGAAUUCCGAUCUCAAUAAGGCCUACCAGGAGCUGCUGCGGUUAAUUAACAAGCUUGAUACCGAACCUCAGUGGGUCCCCUCCACCUGGCUGCGCUGAAGGAGGUAAAUCGUCCCGUGGCCGAUAGCGAUUUCUCCUCCGGCAGUCUCCGCCUGCAGGAAUGGUCUUCCCUCUUCUCCGCAAAUCAAUUGUCGUAGACUCGAGUAUUAGGAAGCAGGGUGGCUCUGAAUCUGUUUUCAUCUCCCCACACCAUGUACUGGGGAAGAGAAAACCAUUAAGCUCCUUAUGGACAGAGUUCUCCGCUCUUUUCCACAGGUUUGUCGCCCUCCCCGCCCAAACACUGCUGAACUAGAAACAGGAGUUCUGAACAAAGCAAUCCCACUGAACCUCACCUUGCUCUUUGCUCUUUCUCCUUUUUUUCUAUAGUUAUAAUUUCUAUAAAAUUUAAGUGAAAGAUGAUGGGGGUGUGUGUAUGUAUCUGUGUGUGUAUGACCUUCUGUGUCCAGUAGGUAUAAAUAUUGAUGUUAUUUAACACUUAACUUAAAUGACCCUGUGAGAUAGAUUUUAUAGUUUGUACGUAAGCCUCUCCUAAGUGUAGGGCAGUUUUUGUCCAGAAAUUGUGGUUUAUUUUCAUCAGAAAUUGUCUCCUUUUGAAAUGAGAACAAAUCACCGAGUUGAAAGAAUAAGGUGUGCCACUUUGGUCCGGAGCCACCCCGGUAGGCUUGAAUUUCUUCUUCUUCUUAAUAGAAUGCUACAUUCCACUUUAUAGCCUCACUAUCACCUGGAAAGUGUUUGUAAUGUAAAUAUCGACCCUGGAGGUUUUUUUAGUCUGGACUUUGUUGUUCGUCGGGCCGAAGGAAAACCGAUGAUGAACGCCCGUCUCUGCGGUGGGAUUAUAUUUCUGCCACCCUGAAUCAUCGAUCUGAAAACUUUAUUUCCUCCUUCUGUCCAUAGUAGCCCAGAGGGCAAAAGUUGUAUUUUUAUGAGAGUUUAGCUAUUCGAACAAACUGCUUUGGUGUUUUUGUAAUGAUGUGCUCAUAAUGUAAAAGGGCUUUUCAUUUUGUCUGUCUGAGCAUUUGAAGUCGGCAAUUUACGGUUUAAAUACGGGCACAGAUAUCUCGUGGCUGUCUGUGUUGUAGGACAUGAACUGGAAUGAAAAAAGCUGCAGGAAUUAUGGUCCUCCACUUGCUCGGUUUUGCAGUGAAAUUAAGUCCGCUGUGGGGGGACACAGAAGGAAAGAAACCCAAAGAGCGGAGCCUUAGGAAAACAACAUUGGAAAAACAUGUAUGUCUCUGUCUUAGCAGCGCUCUCCCUCCCUAAACCAGAAUGUCACUGCGUCUUUUGCCUCGAGGGUGUUUUGCCCACGUUACUUUUCCGGUAGUGCCGAUUCAGUGACUGUGGUCGUUAAAGCUCUGUUUCCAGAAUCGGCUUGGAAACCGAAGGUGUUGAAUGUCUUCGACCUUUAAAGAUGAUGCGUGGACAUAUUUAGGGUUGGGGUAGGAGCCUGAAACUCAAAUGUGAAUGUCUCGAUUUUCCUUUCUUUAGUCAUUUUAGCUGCAGCCUCUCCUCGUUCCCAAAAGUAAACACUGGAAUGACGUUGACUUGUAGCUUGAUUUAAUAGAAGCGAUUUAGUUUCUGUAACGACAGGGGUUGGUCUGUCACAUUCUUGUACAUAGUUUUCACUAAAUUUUGUAAGAGACUCCGGGCAACGUGCGUGUUGCCUUUCUGAGUUCCGAUCUGAAUGAAGGCGGGUGGAGAGGAUGAACUGUGGGGAAAAAAACUUUUCGACUAACGUCCGUUCAUAGGAAAGGAACGUUCCCUGUCCGACGUGUCCACGAUGUAUCCAUCGGGCCUGGAGAGAAAGCGGAAAGGGAAUCCUGAUCGACACUAAGUUUGGAAGUCAAAAGCCACUUAACUGCUCCUCUGGAACGGAGGCUGUUUUUCUGGCAGAGGGUUGGGCGAAUGGCUACUGUGUGGAUAUCAUCUCCUAGCCCUCAGGGCAGCAGUCUUGAGAUCAGUAUCUGAGUCGCAUCAUCCGCUGGUCACCCCUGUAGGACGCAGUUUCAGCCAGCUAAGGACUAACAUCUCCCCCCCGCCCCCCCGGGUCUAGACUCCGGUGGGGCUCAGGUGUUGCAACUUUGAAUUCUGCAGCCUUGCCAGGCUUUGCCUGAUUUCAGGAAUGCUCUAUUAGAGCAGAUUCCAGCUCCUGAAGAAAGAGGCCCAGCGUUUCCUCAUCUCUCUCCCAUCACUUCCCCAGAGGCAGUUGGCGUGAGUUCCUUAGGUCUCCUCCCGAGAGGCGUUUUCCACCCCUUACUCCCUCUCUUCUGGUGUGGGCUAGUGAUAGAGCCCGUCCGGGGCCUAACGGGAGCGAAAACCGUCCAAUAAGAGAAGCCAGUACUAAUCUUCUCCCUUUACGGGAGCAGGUGAGGGGAUCGGAGCGAAGAUCGUAAUACCCACCCGAAUCCCUCUUAUCUUCUCUGCCUGUGGUGUGGUCCUAGUUUGAGUUCCUCGAUGCGAGGAAAGAGAGUCACUGGUGGGAGGGGAAGCAUAGAAACCUCCCCCGAUUCCUUCUCUGGGAAAGAUGACUGGGAAACGUUCCGGGGGGCUAAAAGCGGCAGCAUUUCCGCUCCCAAAUUAUCAUAAAUUAGGGAUCUGUCUUAAAUAGGAAGGGGAAUUUUGUAAUUUUACUUUCCAUGAAAAUCAAGAUUGUGUUUUUAAGGGGUCCCCCCCCUUCAGCUGAGGGAAAAAUUUCGCCGAGGAUUAAUAUUGAAUGUAAUUGUGAGCGUACCAGGGGCAUACCUUUUAUUAAGGCUAACUUUCCCGAGACCUGUGGUUUAAUCCCAAUUUGUACUUUUUCUAUCCUGUACCUGCACUCUGUAUUUUAUGAGAUGUCAAACUGCACACUGUAAUGUAAAAAUAAAAUGCAAAAUUAUAUUUCUAGAUUUCAAAUAAAAAAAAAGAUCACCGUG